CAGUUACAAGCUUUGACUUCUCCUAGGUCAGCUGAGUAGUACAACAUCUACUUUGUGUGCAAAAGGUCCCAGUGAUAUAGCCUGGUGGGGUUUAGAAAAUGUGUAUCUGAAGCCUUGGAGAGGUGCUGCCACUCCAUGGUCACAACACUGAAUAAUUGGACUGAUGUUCUAACUUGGGUUCGGUCCAUUUGGAGAAUAUUCUGUCAACGCCAGCUGGAUUGCAGUUCAGGAGUUGGAGAAAAUGGGCCUCGGAGAGGAUGUGGAUCUGCAUGUCUACGAGAUUCCUGUUGAGUACCAGGCUGUGCAGAGACUUAUUCCUGCCUUAUGGAAGAAGCACAGCCCGCAACUCGUUGUGCACGUGGGGCUGUCUGGCAUGGCCACAACAGUGACGUUGGAAAAAUGCGGCCACAACGUGGGCUACCGGGGCUUGGACAACUGCCACUUCUGCCCAGGUUCCGAAUGCUGUAUUGAGGGGGGCCCAGAAUGCAUCCACUCUGUCAUCGACAUGGACGCCGUGUGCAAGAGGGUCUCUGCGCUAGGACUGGAUGUCACCGUCUCAAUAUCAGAGGAUGCUGGGAGGUAUCUGUGUGACUUCACAUAUUACACUUCCCUGUACCAGAGCCACGGCCGGUCUGCAUUUGUCCACGUGCCUCCCCUGGGAAAACCCUACAGCGCAGAACAGCUGGGCCGUGCACUCCAGGCCAUCAUAGAGGAAAUGCUCAAUGUCUUAGAACACUCUGAGAGCAACAUCAACUGUCACAACGAACAUUGAACCCGGGCCAAAGUCCCCGCCUCUUUACUUCCCUCAUUGUUGCACUUCCAAAAAUUUCCUCCUGUCCUUGCAGACUCCCAGGUGGGGAACUGAGUCCCCCUGGCAGCAUCUGUGUAGAGGAUUGAGAACAGAAAUGGAUUCCUGGCACUCUGAGGAGACGAGGGUUUCGUGUCCUCCUUUGCUUCUCUUCCAAUUCCAGCCCAACCGGCUGUCGCCAGCUUCCCGGUGCCGGCGUUCAGUUCCUGCAGUGAACUGAGAGGGUCUGCCAGUUAGGCGAUUGCUCUGGUCGUCUGAUGUAUUCCAGUUUAAUUUUGCAAGGUCCCUUGAUCUCAGAAGAACAGUAUGAUUGUUCCGCAUCAGCUUGUAGCAGUGCUUUCGGUUCGAAACACAGGACCCUCUGCCCGGAAGCCUGGAAGCCUUUUUCUUCACUGCUUCGAACAGAUUCGUCCAAUCCACAUUGUAGAGUACCGCUCUUCAUGGUGAACGCCUGGUGACUGAAAAGAGAGGCUGGGAGCAUUUCCUUUCAUCGACACCUCAUGCCAAAUCUGUUGGUGGCUUUUUUUAAAAAAAAGGAACAGAUCUCUUUGGAUAUUGCCUUUCCUGGCUUCAGUAGCCACAUAUCGGUCUGAAAUGUAGAGCUUCUCUUCUGUUCUUAAAACUCUUCUGGGCAGCUGGCUUAAUUUGCCCUAGGAACUGGUAUCUUCCCCCUCUCCCCAGAUAGUCCCGCCAUAGCUGUCUUUCCCAGUGCCUCAAAGCUAGAUGCUGCUCAGAUAUCCCUUUGUACCUUAGAAGAACAACACGGUACAUAUCCUUUUCUAAACUCUUCUGCUCUGCCAGGGAGGGAUGAGACUCUGGAUCCAGAUUAGGAUUUUGUCAUUUCUGCUUGCUAGGAGAAGGAAGUGAGGACUUGCCAGCACCAUCUCCUGCCCGGUUCAGGCUCCGUGAUUCAGCUCCUGCAUGCGGGCAGAACAGAGCAGUUCUCCAGGAACCUUCCCUGGGCCCUCACCUCAGAAAUGCUUGCAUGAUGGUGCCCCUGGCCAGCUCUGUAGAAAAUGAUGCUGCACUUUCUACCUAGAUGGGAUUAGGGUAUAAUAUUCAGUCAAGAGAUUAAAGAUUGUGGGUUUUUCUUUUCUUUUUCUUUUAAAACGAGAAGUGUUCAAGUUCACUCUAAACGGGGAGACUUUUGGGAUGGAGCAGCAGGAAGCAAAUUGUACGGCAGAACAGAGACUAAAAUCUUGGACAAUGGAAUUGCCUGAUAAAACCGAGCUGGCCACAAAGAACAAGCAUCUUUUUGCUAAAAACAGUCCUGUUUAAAAUGAAACCCCUUCUUCUUUGCUGUAAAAUCAUUCUUGUUUGAA